AGGUGACUUUCUUACUGAAUUCUUCAAGCUUUGCCGCCGGAAGGAGUCGACGGAUGAGAUACUUGGAAGAUCUGCAUUUGAAGAGGAAGGAAAAGAGGUUGCUGAUAUUACUCAUGCUUUGUCGAAGCUCACAGAGCCGGCACCGGUCCCAAUCCAUAAAUUGUCAGUCACAAAUAUGGUUCACAGUGCAAAGAAAAAAAUUCGCAAACACAGAGGUGUAGAUGAAUCACCUCUAAACAAUGAAGUUCUGAACACCAUUCUUCUGUUCUUAUUUCCUGAUGCUGCUGACAAGCUCAUGGAUGGAUUUGAAAGCAGAACCAGUGCUUCUGCAGGAAACAAUCCUCCGCCAGAGAAUGAAGACUAUAAUCUCUUCAGUCAGUUUAAAUCUGCUCCUUCUGAUAGUCUGACGUACAAACUAGCUUUAUGUCUUUGUAUGAUAAACUUCUACCACGGAGGAGUUAAAGGGGUGGCACACCUUUGGCAAGAAUUUGUGUUGGAAAUGCGCUACAGAUGGGAGAACAACUACCUUAUUCCAGGAUUAGCUAGUGGCCCUCCAGAUCUGAGAUGCUGUUUACUGCAUCAGAAACUUCAGAUGUUAAAUUGUUGCAUAGAAAGAAAGAAGGCAAGAGAUGAGGGGAAAAGGGGGAGCGUGUCUGAUCGCUCACCUGGUGAUACUGGCAAAGGAGCAGAACACUCUGGAGAUAACCCUGAUAAGGAAAAAGAAGUUGGCAAGUCUUGGGAAUCGUGGAGUGACAGUGAAGAGGAAUUUUUUGAAUGUCUGAGUGACACAGAAGAUCUUAAAGGAAAUGGGCAGGAUAAUGGAAAGAAAGGAGCAAAAGAAGGCAACAAAGAGCCUGUAAACUUAAAACCAGAAGGUCGCCUGCAUCCACAUGGGAAGCUGACGCUGCUGCACCCAGGAGAGCCUCUCUACAUCCCAAUAACACAGGAACCAGCACCCAUGACUGAAGAUUUGCUGGAAGAACAGUCUGAGGUACUGGCAAAACUGGGGACAUCAGCAGAAGGUGCUCAUCUUCGGGCACGCAUGCAGAGUGCCUGCUUGCUCUCAGAUAUGGAGUCUUUUAAGGCAGCUAAUCCCGGCUGUUGUCUGGAGGAUUUCGUGCGGUGGUACUCCCCUCGGGAUUACAUUGAAGAGGAAGUGGUUGAUGAGAAGGGGAAUAUAGUAAUUAAGGGGGAGCUGAGUGCCCGAAUGAAGAUUCCAAGCAACAUGUGGGUAGAGGCCUGGGAGACAGCAAAACCAGUCCCAGCUCGGAGGCAGAAGAGACUCUUCGAUGACACUAGAGAGGCAGAGAAGGUGCUUCAUUACCUUGCAGUUCAGAAACCAGCUGACCUUGCAAGGCAUCUCUUGCCUUGCAUCAUCCAUGCAGCUGUACUCAAGGUAAAGGAAGAAGAAACACUAGAAGAUAUAUCUUCAGUUAAGAAGAUUAUUAAGCAGAUAAUAUCCCAUUCCAGUAAGGUUCUACGAUUCCCAAAUCCAGAGGAAAAGAAGUUGGAAGAAAUCAUCGCUCAGAUCAUGAGUGUGGAAGCUAUCAUCGCCAGGGCCAGGUCUCUGAAAGCAAAAUUUGGGGUGGAGAAAUGUGAAAAUGAGGAGGAGAAACAAGAUCUACAAAGAUUCGUAAACUGUCUCCUGGACCAGCCGGAGGUGUCAGUUAUCGGUGCAGGAAGAGGACCUGCUGGUAGCAUCAUUCACAAGCUCUUUGUGAACGCUCAGAGGCUGACUGAAUCUUCUGAUGAGGUUUCGGCCGUGCCGCCGCUUGAUGAAGAGCUGAGGAGAUCGGGGUCAGCAGAGGAGCGCAGACUCAGCGCGGGGGCCGUCUCCGACUUCCCCCCGCCCACGGGUCGCGAGGUGAUUCUGCGCACGACCGUCCCCCGUCCCGCUCCUUACUCCAAGGCGCUGCCCCAGCGCAUGUACAGCGUGCUCACCAAGGAGGACUUCCGACUCGCUGGUGCCUUCUCAGCAGAUACCACCUUCUUCUGACGUAACCACCCGCGUUACCCUGUGGGUCUCCACAAGUCGCGUGCUCUUCAUUUUCCUUCCGGGAAGUUAACAUGGAUUGACUGGGUUGUGGCGAGGAGAAAGCACGGUCCUCAUUAGUGACAGAGUGUCACAUUCGCAAGGACAGAGCUGAGCUGGCAGCUGAGAAGGAUGCCUAGAGCAGCUCUAACUUGGAGGUCUGCAAUGGCUCCACAAGUAGUUUUAAUCAGAUCUUUGGGGAAGAAAGUUUAGCAAUCAUCUCCUCUCUCUCCAAAGGGAGCAUAUUGGUAUUUUUUUCCCAUAGCUUGUUUAAUAAGGGACAUGAUUGGGCUGUAUGCAAAUAACUCAUGGUGAAAUUCAUGCAGAACGUGCUGCUUUACAGUUCUUAAUCAGACUUUAUCAAGUGACAGUAGCCUACUUAAAUUGAUGUGCAAACAUUAAGUAAUUCGUAUUUAUUGCCAAUCAUCAAUAUUUAGCCCGGUAUUUUUUGGUCAAUCAUUAAGUUGUAAAUACUUCUAAAAUGUCAUUAAUUUUACUCAGUAUACAGUACCUUCUGGUUCCCGCUAAACUCUUCUAGCAUUGCAGCAGAUCCAGAAGGAUCUUGUCUUGGACACUUCUCCCAAAUAGAAAGAACUAUCUUUGGGGCUGUAACUGGCCAGGAAGCCUGCUCGCCUUAAGUGGAUCGCUGACGGUUUUGGAGACUUUCCAUCCUUCCCUGCAUGCAAGGGCCAAGGCUGGGUGUAAAGGAGGGCGCAGAGGUGUUGGGCUGUAAGCAGGUGCCUGGGAUUUAUAGAGAGCGUUUGAACACAGACUGUGGCUGAUUUGGUGACAGGAUUCCAUCGCCUGCUGUAAAUGAACCCCCCCACCCCGGGAUGUCACGCGAACACUACGACCUGUACGUGCCAAUGUUGCUUUACAGUCAUCCUGCUGUGUUUUAGUGACAAUCAGCAAAAGAUCAGCGUUACUUUACAAAGUGAAAUGUAAAAACAGCUACGGUAUUGUUGACGUUAUUCAAUAAAUCUGAACUUAUUAUUGGCU